AUUAUGAAAAAUGCCAAUGUGAAUUAUUUUUUUUUUUUUAUUAACACUUUUUCUUCAAACCACGAUCAAAUAACGACACACACACACACAUACAUACAUACAUUAUAUGACAAAAAUAAUAAAUGGCUAUCACUGUUGAACAUAAUGGGAAUGAAAACCUAUUUCAUCGUUCGAAUGUUGUCGAUCAAACGACGACCACCACCACCACCACCAUCAAUGAUUGUAAUAGUAGCAAUAAAUUCAUUGAUGAUCAAAAAGUGAUAAUGAAUAUUAGAAAAUUAUCAUCAAUAUAUGAAUAUAUACGAUAUCGUAUUCAUCGUCGUUAUCGUCGUAAUCCAUUUCGUUCACUAAUAAAAUUUAUGAUCCUAAUGAAUCUAAUACCAAUGAAUGGAUUUGAAGAGAUUUGUAAUAGAAAACCAAUUGAUCAUCGACGUAGUAUACGUGUUAUUAUUCUAUACACUGUACCUGGUCUAUUGAAUCUAAUACGAUUAUUCGCAAGUUUACAAUCAUAUGAUUUAAAUGAAAAUGAUCAUCGACUUGGUUGGCAUAACAUUUUGUUCGUACCGUUAUUUAUUUAUGGACAAAAUCGUUAUCAAUUUAGUUUAGCAUUAGCGACAUCAUUUUUCUGUGAAUUUUUGCUCACCUAUAUAUCAUGGUCAAUUGUAUUGAAUCCGAUUCGACGAUAUAAUUUAUUCAUACAGCUAAAACAAUGGGAUAAAAUAUUUCGACAAACAUUUGGUGAUAGCAGUUUUAAUGAAUCGAGAACAAAACAGAUAAAAUGGAAUAAAUUUAAUCGAUCAGGAUCCAUACAAUGUUCAUUCAUUGAUGAUCGUGAACAAUUACGUUCACUUUGUUGUUUGUUAGAUUUUUUCAUACGUGCAAUACCGAUACUUGGUAUAAUAUUAGCAAUAUUCUUUCUCAUCAUUAUUAUAUUUGAUUUUUCACUUGGUUACUUUCAUUAUGAAUUGCCGAUGAUAUUCUGGUUUACGUUUAUAUUUUUCAAUGCAAUUUUAUUAUAUCAAACAUUUCGUGUCGUUUCAUUCAGUAUAUCAUGGCUAAACAUUCUACUUGUAUCGGCAUUAUUAUUUCGUUUUCAAUAUGAACAUGUAAGAUCAAGAAUGUUAUUGCUUAAAUUAUCGACACCACAUGAACAUCAGAAAUCUCUAUAUUUAUUCUAA